CAGCCGGACGGAGGCGGGCGCCGGCGGCGGAUGGAGCAGCGGCCGAGGGGUCUGGAGAAGCAAUGGUCACAGAAGCCCCUGUGAACCUAGCCCCCCCUGAAUGCAGCACCAACGGCAGCUCGACAGCUGACAGCUUCAUCUGGCAGCCAAACUCGGCCAACAUGCAUGUCCUCAGGCCCAAGUCCGCCAAGGGACGGACGCGGCCCAGUCUGCACAGACCACAGGGCACAGAGCUGUGCCCUCACCGCACGCCAGCCUCCCUCCCUCCAGCCAUCCCCUGCGAGUCGCCAAGCAGCCAAAGACCGGGAGCCUGCGCACCCAAGUCUCCAAACUCGGGAGCUCCUGAUGAGAUCCCUGAGCUGCUGCAACAGGUGCCAGUUGGUGCAUCCUCUUCUCUCAAUAAAUACCCAGUCCUCCCUUCCAUCAACAGGAAGACCCUGGAGGAGGGGUCUGUGGAAACAGUAGCUAAAAAGUCCGGCUCCCUGCAGCUGGGCAGCAUCCAGGCUCUUGACCAAGAGGAGACUGGCACUAUGAAGACAAGUGAAGAAGAUUCCAGAGCUCCUGCUUGUUCCCCAGAGAGGAAAGUCAUCGUCCAGACCAGGAGACAGACCUCCCCCAGGGCUGGGGACGUGGAGGAGACAUCAGAUCGAGAGCCGAGGCUUCUGCUGGCCAUCAGAUCGCCGUCGGGCCAAAGGUUCGUUCACCAUUUCCGGCCCACCGACACCUUACAGACCGUUGUGGCCGUGGCCGAACACCAGAACCAGGCCAGCUACCAGCCCUGCAGUAUCGCAGUGAUGGGGGUGCCCAGGAGACGUUUCUUUGACCUCACCAGAUCUCUGCAGGAGUGCAAAAUCCUGCACAAGUCGGUGCUAGGCAUUUCUCAGGAAGAAGGGGAGGGGGAGCCCUGAGUCCACAGUCCCCCAGCUGGGAUCCUGGGUCUCUGAGUAAGGAGCACGCUUGGGUGCUGUGGCCUUCCCGGCAGCUCAGUACCAAGUGCCAUGUGAACCUGGUGCGGCUGGAUCCUUGGGACUCAUCUUCACAGCCCCUCCUCUGAAGGAGUGAAGUUUGCACAUGCGCCAAGCGCACUGAGAAGGUUCUCCUCCAGUCGUUAAAUUGCCUCCACCCCUGGAGUGGACUGGCAAGUUACCAGGGCUGUUCCUGUAACCACGGUGACCAGGUCUUCCCCUUCCCCGAGUUCUGGGUCCUUUCUGGAGCACCCGCUUGCCUUUACAAUGAACUCUCACUCUCUUGAAGCCAAUGGUUUGCCUUUCUGUAUUUGAUGCAGGAUUAAAUACUUCCCAGAGAGGA